AAUCCUUGCAAACCAAUCCCGCCGGCCGCACCCUUUUUGUUCUGCACCGACACGUUGUCCCGAUUGGGAAACCGAUCACUCUCGUUAUUGUAAGUGGGUGAGAGGGGACGAAAGAACGCGCAAGCUCGUUUAUUGUGUAGAAGAGACUGCCGGGACUUAACCCGCUGCCCGGAGAACAAUUGGUUGAGGUGGGAUAUAAGGAGGGCGGGGUUGGUGGAUGAAGAAUCAGUUCGCACACUUUGCACGUCCCCGCCUUCCUCUGCUCCCAUACCGCAUUCCAGCGGCCUGCGAUACACCCAUCCCUCCCUCCCUGCGACACCCAUGGACACCUUGUGCACGUUCGACAUAUUCUCUACCGACGCCCUGUCUUCGAGCAGGUCGGAGGAGCGCGAUCAGCCCCAGCCCCAGCCCGUUGAUGAAGACACAUCGCACAGCACCAACGGCGGAUGCAUCAUCUCAUAGCGCGCGCAGAUCCCAGUCGCACAUCCGCGAGUUAGACACUCGAAACCACCGCAUCACUCUUAUCAUUCAUGUGUAUCACCACCACCGCACUUAAUUACCACUGAGGCAUCACUUGCCAUGGGGCGGACGUUAUUGUAGGCCACUGUACUGUUGCUUUGUUCGAAUUCUUGGAGGCAGAGGCGUCAAUUUGUGGUUGUAAUGAGCAUUUGUAUAUCUCGCUAGAAUAUUAUUGCAUUUGAGGGGGAAUGCAUUGGUGCGUAGGAAGAGGGAUCUGUCAGACGAUGCGCGGCAAUGACCAGGCGUGGUCGACUGUGGCGGGGUUGGGCAAGCCUGCCUCCGGGCCGAGGAACCGUUCACUGACAAGUGACAGUCGCUGCCGCUGGAUUCGUCAUCGCCUGAUGAUCGCAUCAGGAGGCAGCUCGAGUCUUAGCUACAUAGGUUCGGAGCAAGCCUGCUCCGGGCCGGCGAGCCUGUCCAAUUGUUGUGGCCCCAACAUGAUCAUCAUCACGAUGAUCAGUACAAAUAAUGAUGGUCAGGCUUGAUCCGAACCUAAGUCUUAGCAGCCUCGAGACCUGUCGAGACUGAUCCGACAGGUGCCUGGGAAUGUUGAGACGGCAUGAUCCGCGACACAGAAAUUUGAUCGCCAAUCAAACCGUCAACGCGUUAACAUCUCGGACGCGUCACCUUCGAAGCCCAACUCUAUCCUACUUUCUACUAUCCUCGGACGCAACCUCAAUACACAGACCUGAAUCAUGAGUGAAGAGGCGGACGAAGAGCUGCAGGGAUACCUCUCCGCGUCUCCUUACGAAUGCGAGACCCCCGCAGAGAUGAUCGCGAAACUGGAGUGGAUCGUGUCGAAGAUGCACAUCUUGAUCAAGACGAAGAACUGGGCUCUGAUCCUACCAUGGGACAUCGUGCUCGAGGGCUGGUUGCAUCAACACUACCCGAUUCCGAAAGCUAUGCGCGCCAAACUCGCGCAGCUGUACUAUGAGCUCAUGGUACUCCCCGGAAUUGACGCGCGGCUCAGCCGGAUGUGGGUACAGAUGUUCAUGCUCGUGAUCGACGCCAAGCCGGGGAUGCCGCGUAAGCUCGAGCCUGCCGACCUGCAGCUGUCCUGGGCACCGCUAUGGCGCGCACUCGCGAAGGAGCUAUGGCCCUCGGGGCGCAAGCGCAGUGACCUCAAGGCCCGGAAUACGAUCAACCUGCUCAUCUUCGCUGCUGAGCAUGCACGAGCGUACUUCCCCGCGUCGGAAAUCCCGGAUAUGCUCGCGACGAUGCUCCCGCUCACCACCCAGUCCACGAUGGUGGGCAUGUUCCCGGUGCUGGUCUCAUUCCUGCCGCUCAGUGAUCCGCAUCUCUAUAUGCCGACUCUCCUAUCCAUGUCCAAGGCCUGCAACUCCAUCAUCGUCGAUGAGCGUAUUCUUGAGCGGGCAGCUGAGCUUUCCGAGGCACACGCCGCUAGCUCUACCGCCUGGAAGGACAUCGGCAUCUGGUCUCAUGCAGAUUGGAACUAUCUGAUAGGAAAAGGGAUGUCUGCCAUUGAGGUUCCCGUCGGCGGGAAAGGCUCAUUAGGAACCGCUGCGAACGCUGACACCAGCCAGCGCUGGGCCACCAGGAUCAAGAAGACCAUCUCUCGUCAACAAUGUCUGGCAAAGAUCCUGGUGUACUCCAUGGCUGUUGACGGCGAUGCGCGGGACCACGGUGGAUUAGAGGGUGGUGCAACCGCUGGCUUCGUGGCCGGAAGCCAAGCGCUAGAUACGCUAGACCGGCUGCUGACUAGUGUCGAGACGUACUUCCAUCCGUCUAAUUCAGGGCCUUACACUGUGGUGCUGACCUCUUUCCUCACUCAUACAGCGAGUUACCUGUAUCAACGAUGGAAGGAAGAAGAGCUGCCCUCGUGUGAAACCCCCGCAAGCCACCGCCUGACUGCCUCGAUCCGGCGGGGCUUCGUCGGCAUCCUCCGAACGCCAGCUCUUUUGGCCAUGUUUUCGAAAGACCCGCUGUCGAUGGGCUACGCGCAAACAGCACUCAAGACCCUCUCGAUCCUCGAGCCAAACUUGAUCAUGCCUGAACUUAUCGACCGAGCAUACAAUGGUCUAGAAGUGGUCAACGAAACGCAUCGCACGACGGCGGUGCUGACGAUGCUCACGGCGAUUUCCCGCACGCUAGUGACCGAGCGCAUCUGGUUUCCUGGCCAGAAACACCUCGUGCCGCUGCUCGAGCUAUCUCUGCCGGGAAUCGACCUGAACGACCCGGUCAAGACCGCGUGCGCGACGACGUUCAUCGUCGCUGCUGUUCAGCAUAUCCGUGUCGGAGAUCUCUCGACACACGCCUCUGGGCUGCCGCUUGUCGAUGAAGAGGCGAUGGACGUCGACUCGGACACUACGCCGUUCCCUGCGGGUAGCGAGAUGGGCGAGGUCCCCCAAUUGAGUCGCACAGACGAGCGCGCGUUGGUGCGGGACAGCACGGCAGGAUUUGCGGAUUGGGUUGUAUCAUUGUUCAGGAGGGUGCUCGCGUUGUUCGAGAACUUACCGGAGGAAGGCGGGCGCAGAAACACCACCGGGGGCAAGCAGGAAGAGACGGUUCUGAGCAGUAUCAAGAGCAUGAUGGACAUCGUAUGUCUGCACCUGUCGGACCACCUGUUUGAGCUCGUACUGCGGCUGGUGUACGACUAUGGGACGACUAACGCGAAAUCCAACGCUGUGAGGGCGUUUGGCCAACUCGUGGGGUGUCUGGCCCGGGUUCAGCCCGAGCAGACCAUGGCCAAGUUUCUGCCGUUCUGCAUCGCCCAGGUUGAAGAGGAGGUCAGGCAUGGGGCAUCGAGUGUGCGGACGACGUCGUCCAGUGCGGCGAUUCCGUCUGAUACGACAUUGCAUUGGAACAUGAGCAUCCUUCGAGGCUGCUUGUCCUACGGCGGGCCCGCGAUUCUCAAGUACAAGAAGCAAGUGAUCGAUCUCCUUAUUCUCUUGACGGACAAGACGAAGGGGGAGCGCGGAUACAGUGGGACCGGACGCAUGUUGUCGCGGAUCCUCAACAACGUCGCGAGCAUUUACCCGAUCAACAACCGUUUCGUCAACUCGGAUGAGUGGCAGGACCCGGCUUUCGAGAAGGAUCACAACGCUCACUGGGGCAAGCUGUACGAAGCGAAGGACGUCAAGGUUGAGUGGCAUGUGCCGUCUGAUGCUGAGAUCGAGUUCGUUCUCGAGAUACUCGACACUGUUCAGAAGCCGCUGGUGGAAAAGUUGGAGGAACUGGUGCCGAAGACCUCAGAAUGGGACGGCGAGGCCAGAAACGACUUCUGUCGGUAUCUCUUUGCGUGUCGGUCCAUUUGGGCCGGGCUGCCGACCCUUUACAGGGAGUAUCCCCAUUUGAAGAACGUUGUCGCUCCUCUGAUCAGGGAGUCGGAAGUCACCGGGCUCGUCGUCUCGAGCUUGAAUCCACACGCCGGCUUUACGCUGACGGACCCGGCCGAUCCACGGUAUCAGAAAGUCCUCGCCCAUCGGGAGCGUUUUGGCGAACUGAUUGUGAAGGCGUCUUCCGCCUUGCGCCAGAAGGCAUCCGGGGACGAGAACGACCACAUCGAUGCUGUCAUGGGCGUCACGCGUUCGAUGGAUGUUUACUUGCUCAGCUACGGCACGCCCAAUAGCACACUUGAAUCGCUCAUCAAGAACUACAAGCAGGCCCGCGAUGCAAAUCGAAUCUGGGUGCGGGAAAAGGCCAACUCGCGGCUGGUGUUCGUCAAGCGAGCCCAGAUGUACCACAACCAACGUUUGGCGCUGCAAACCGUGUUUCGGCUGCGCUCUGAGCUCGACGACAGAAUUAUCGUCGAGCUGGUCGAGAUGUCGCUCUCCUCUUACACGCGGAUCCGAAGACAGGCGCAGGCGGUCUACUACAUCCGUUUUUUGAGGUAUGUACUGCCGAUUAUGCUGGCUGCCUUGGGCAAGGGCAACGAUCCAGACCGCAUGAAGGGCUCGCUGUAUGUUCUGGCCGACAAGCCCAUCAUGCUGCAUGCUCUAUCGGAUGUCAUCUUGCAGGGUGAUAUGCACCGUGCUUUGCUGGAGUGUCAGCACGAGGAGAAGCCGUCCAUCCAGAAACUGGUCACGGAGGUCGCCAAUGAAUUCAAGGCCCACUUCCGAGAAGAGUCCGGGCACUCCGACUCGUAUACGCUGCCAACCGAUCGCGUUGAGGCGGCUCUUGCUGAGCUGCAGAAUGAAUUCACACCUGCGGUAAUUGACAAACCGCUCCUCGACGAGGCAAUGAGCAAGACGCCCAAGCGGGUGGCACUGCAACUUGAGAUGCACCAGAAGACGGUGUCGUCGAUUCUGGAAAUAGCGCAGCGGCCCCUGACCCAUUGGCGCUAUACGCAGAUCGCCGUGCGUUUCUUGACAUCGCUUUUACGGCGGGAAAUGCCGGCGCCAGCCCAGGUCGCACGUUUCUUUGUCCAGAACUCGGUCAGCCCGCAAAACACCAUCCAGUCCACGGCCCAAAUGGCCAUCGUUAAACUCGCGCUACACGUCAAGAUGCGGACAUACGCCAAAUCUCCUGAACAGCUCUGGUUCGAGGAGUGGGACCAUCCAGUGGUCAAACACAUCCCCGUGGCCGACCCGAUGACAUUCCUGGGCCGCCUCAACACCGCGCCUCGCGACUUUUUCGUGGACAAGCUUGAGUCGGGAUUCCUGCUCUGGACACCGACUGUCCGGGCCUACUACUCUGGGGAGGAGCAGCAGCAGCCGGUCGCAUGGGAGUCGGAGUCGCUCGAUACGCUGCGCGAGAUUCAUGCGCUGGUCACGCAGGACGACUACUUUGGCAAGCUUGCUGCGCUCUGGAGCCAGGAGUCUGUUAAGAACACCGGCUCGCUCGGGAUGCGUCCGGACAAUGUCUCGUACAUCAAGACACUCGCCAAGAUGUUCGAGGGCGGCGUUUUAGACGAACUGAUUGCGAUCACCGAUUCACUACUCGCGGACCCGGACAAGUUCAAGCAGCGCGCUGGGGGGGAGUUUAUGGGUGGGCUCUGGCGUGGAUCUAAGCACUGGCCCAAGUCCCUCUCGGAUCAGCUCUGGAAGUGGAGCAUCGCGAAGCUCGACGUGGUUUUCACGCAACUCAAGCCAGACACGUUUGGGUUCUGGAAAGUGCUGAUCACGAGUCAACUGCAAGACCGCGACCCCCGGCGUAAUCAACCGCUGAUCGAUUGGCUCCUCGCGCGACCGCUGGAUUUCUCUGGGGACUCUGUGUUCGAAAUGAGCAAGUCCCUCUAUCUCCUCGGCUUGCUGCCCGAUACGCUGGGCGAACGAUUUACGCGCGCAGACGAGACCACCCAACUCUUGUUUGCCAACAUGAAUAUCGGAUUCAAUGAGAUCCGAACCCACAUCUCGACCUACCUGCACGCUAUGAUGACUGGACAGUGGCAGCCGCUUUACCCGACGCUGCAAGCGCUGACCGGGGCGUGUGAGAGCAGCGCAGAUCCUUUGAAACUACGGGACUCCAAGUACGGUCCGCAGUUUGACGAGAUCCUCGUGCGGUUGGGUCAGCUGAGGGAGGAGCGACUUCCACCUCCGCGAGUCAGUCAGUCGGAGUACGACAAGAUCGGCUUGACUUUCCUGAGUCUGGUUUGGAUCUCGUCGUUUGGGACGUAUCCUGCGCUGAUAUUCCCGCACAUGGUGGACAUGAUGCCCGAGAUCCUGCGCAUGUCGGAGCUGAAUGACAGCUCGGAGUUGCAGCUGUAUAGCACGGGAGUGCUGUAUGUGGUGUCUGCGGCACCGGCGCCACCGCUCUAUGUGCCCGAAAUCUUGGGCAACUUUAUCACUGCCAUCAAAUCUUCGACGUCCUGGCGGAUACGACUCUUGGCGCUCCCGACUCUGGUGAUCUUCUUCUACCGAAACCUGAUGACCAUUUCCACGGAGGGCGUAUCCGAGGUGAUGGACGUGCUGCUGUUGUGUCUGUCGGACGAGAACGUCGAGGUCCGACAGAUGGCGUCCAACGUGCUCUCAGGCGUUGUGCGCUGCUCACAGCGGGCCAGUAUCGUGCCGCUCAAGAACCGUUUCCUCAAUCUAGCGCGGAAAACAGUGCUUCCGGCGAGACGUGAUGCGGAAUACGCCAAUGCGCUGCGGUCGCUGCAUUCGGCGAUCCUGGGCCUCUGUGCGCUGAUUGAGAGUUUCCCAUACACCGUGGAGCCGUGGAUGCCGCCCCUGACCGACGUGCUGGCGGCGCAUGCGACGGAUCCGCCGCCGAUCUCGACGACCAUCAGAAAGUGUGCGUCGGAGUUCAAGAAGACGCACCAGGAUACAUGGCACAAAGACCAGCUGUCGUUCGGCGAGGAGUAUCUUCAGAAUCUGUCCACCAUGCUCGUGGGUACCAGCUACUAUGCUUGAAGCAGGCUUAGAAUAUGUUUUUACAGUAUGAAAUCAAGUGUAGUAUCUGCUUUAGUAGUGCAGUGUGUCAGUGUUUCAAUUUAUAUAAAGUUGGCUGGGACAUCUUCAACUUGCAGGGACUUCCCCAGGUGAGAUUGGGAUGGUGCAUUGCCAGUGCUGGUGUAGGCACAAAUGAGAGUGGGGAAGAAAUGGAGUGAUGGUGAAAGGUAGAGUAAUGAAUCAUAAUAGAUAGCAUUGAUCAGACAAACUGGAAAGCUGUAGGAAGUGUUGGGGAUGUUGUGCUCCUUGGGCCCAUGACCAUGCACAUGACCCAUUGUG